AUGGCCUCGGCCAAACCUUGUGCUCUAUUUCAUCUACUAAUAUGCAUACCAAUUAUGGCGCUUGCCCUUGAUGACCACCAACGACAACCACCAUCUUUUCCUUCGCUGAAGCGCACAUCCCAUACUCGGCGGAGUGUUCCCUCAGACGGCUACUACGAUCCUUCUAGCAAUGGAGGCUCUAUGCUGACUAUUGUCGACGGUACUUUUCCUCCAGGUCAAGGAGAGCCUUUGAACAUUAUUAUUUCUGGAAACUCGGAUGAAGCAGUGCUCAAGGACCAAGAGACAGAUGGAGGGCUGAGGAACUACUGGCUUUCAUUUGACUAUGCGGGUGAAUGUUUGGGACAACAUGCUGGCUCACAACAGGCUGCCAAUCUUGGAGAUAAUAAUGGCAUCUUGAACGAAACCGAUGAAAUUCGGUAUGACUACAAUGAUCCGCAAUUAGGUACUUGUACCGAGACAAUACAAGGUGGUGGUCAUUUCCGUUAUUGGACACAAAACGGUCCAGGCGCAAACAGCGGUGCUAUCUUCAUGGCUUCCUCAUACGAACUACCUCUGACUGAUGGCCAUGACAUCGUAUCGAAUGGUUACAACCUCGGUCGAGAUUGGAUCAUUGGAAACAUAACCCAAACCAACAUACCCACACUUAACCUUACAAAUUCCUCCUCAUACUCUGGUACGACGUCUUACGGAGGAUACACUUAUUCUACCACUGUCAAGUACGUAACGGGAUUGUUGAACAACACCAGCGUCGGCAUCAAUCACAAUCUUACUGUGAUGACAUCGAGCUCGAAUGCAACUGAUGGGUUUGUCGCAGUCCUUGAAGUGAAGAUCACAGAAAAGCCUGCGAACAGCGCGUAA